AUCCCCGACUCACUCACCGUCACCGCGCCGCCACAGACCCUCUCCCAGGUGGAGGGUGACACGCUCCAGCUCAGCUGUGAGGUUUCCCGGGCGACGGAGCAGCACACACACCUGUCUGUGGGUUGGUACCUGCGUUCCCCUGAAGACGCUUCCGCCCCACCCCUGGAGAUCCUCACCCUGUCCCGGGACUUUGUCCUCCGUGCCGGCGGGCCUUACAAACAGAGGAUGACCUCAGGAGACCUGAGGCUGGAUAAGACCAGCGCUACAUCCUACAGGCUGACCAUCCACCGGCUGCAGCCUGCUGACCAGGGUCUGCUCUACUGCCAGGCUGCAGAGUGGAUCCAGGACCCCGACCACAGCUGGUUCGCUAUGACCCGCAAGCAGGCCGACAAGACCCAGCUACGUAUACAGCCCACUGGUGAGUAGGGGGAGAUGGGAGUGUGGAGAUGUGUGUGUGUGUGUGUGUGUGUGUGUGUGUGUGUGUGUGUGUGUAAGGUUGUGACUCGUCACACACACACAUACUCUCCGAGGGCUGAUCAGUAUCUCUCACUAAGCUCAUUAGAGCACUAAGUAGGGCUUACCAAACCUCUACAGACUGCCCUUAUCAGUGUAUACGUGCAUCAUGCAUGUGUUGACUGGCAUACAGGAAACACAAAGCUGGACUGUUACAAGGGUCAGAGAUCGCACAGGGUCAGAAAUCAGGAAGUACACACACCCUGACAAUAAUGGAGUGUUUCAUGCUGACGUGAUAGUAGUACGUCAUCUCAUUAGGCUUCCUGUGACCUUGAAGUCAGAGGCGAAAUGUCAUUUAUAUUCCUCACUGUUCCCCCUCUGUAUCCUACAGUGAAACACUCCCUUUGUGUCUGGGCUAGUCUACUGUAUAUGAGACAUACUGCUCUGUUUGUGACGAGAGUUAAAUCUCUCAGCCAUCCACAGUUAUACUGGGGAAAUUCCCCCAGAGAUCAGAGGGAGUGAGAGAGGAGGAGAAGAGCGGAGAGAGAGAGAGAGAGGGGGGGGGGGGGGGGACAGGCGAGAGAGCGAGACAGAGGAAAGAGAUUCUGCUUCUUAUGAUAUUAUAAUUAGCUGUCGACCUCUAACCCAGCAGACAGGGCACAAGAACAGAGUCUGAGCUACACACGCACUGUACGAUCCUUGUGAGGACUUCUGGUCCCCACAAGGAUAGGAAAAUCCCCCAAAACACACACACACACACAUUAAAUACAGGGCCAAUGUACAGUACAAUACUGUCUUUCUCCAGAUCCAGGAACACUAUUCCAGUAGAUAAUGCAAAACAUUUUUUUUUUUUUUUAAGAAUGACAGUGGAAUUAUUAAUUGAUUGUUAAUGGCGCCACAGAUCGUGAUCAGAGGAUGUUCGAUAGGAAGAUUAUGUCUCUCAGAAGAGCAAUAAGUCAGCCAGGAGAGGCACAUAGAGCUCUGCUUCUUACACCCACUCUCUUCUCUCUCUUUUCUCUCUUCUGUCUCUCUCUUUUAUAAUCUAUAAUGGAUGGGAGUAUUGUAGCGUGACAAACGGAGUAGAGCAGGGCGUUUGUGUGCAUGUAUGUGUCUACUGAUUAUGUGUGUGUGUGUACACCUGCUUGUGUGUGUGUGAGGCUCUUUCAUUAGGCUGUGUGUAUUGAAGGGAGAGAGAGAGGACCCUGAGACAGCCCCAUCACUGGCUAAUCACCCAUAGACAGAGAGGAGAGAGGCUAGACAAGGACAGAAUCCUAAUGGACCUCUUCUUUGCUUUCCAUCUCUCUCUCUCCCUUACUUUAUCGUUCUCUCCCUUUCUUGUCAUAUCUCUCCCUCUACACAUCUCUCUCUAAACCGCUCUCUCUUUUUGAUGUUUUUUCACUCUCUUCUUGUUCUCUGCUCUCUCUUCUUGCCUUUUUCUGUUUUCAUACCCUCUCUUUCUCCCUUUAACGUUUCAUCCCACACCUCUCUCCCUUGCGCCCUUUUAUCUUUUCCCAACUCUCUCGCUUUCUAACUCCCGCUUUUAAAAUAUCUCUCUACCUGUUUUCUGCAGUUUCCUACUCUCUCGCUGCAUCUGAUUUGGCUAUGUUUCUUUUCACGUUUAAUUUAUUACAAAAGUUGACAGGUGCAUGUCUCCACUUUCAGUUCCUCUCUUCCUCCGUGUCUCUCACCUCUCAGUAUUGCCCGGGCACAGUUCAGGGUAGUAUUCAUUAAGACACAUCAUAGCAAAAAGUUUCAAAACGUUGUGCAAUGGAAAACGUAAACAAGCAUUUCCUAUUGGACAAGUUGAGAUGGUACCUCCCCAUUUUCAUCCGUUUGCUUCAGUUUGGUGUGCCUAGUGAAUACGACCCAGUUUCCCAUGGCCAUGUUUGUUGUUGAACUCUAAGUUGAGGCAGUGUCCUUGUAAAGCAGGUCACAGCUCCAUGAAUUUAGAUCCAGACAGGAAUACAGUCAGCCCAGCUCUGAUGUCACAAUGCAAUAUCCUGCCGCUUCAUUGGUCAAUGAGGGACAGACCGUCACUGGUCUUUGUUCUGGGAUCUGCUUUCCGCUCUGUUAGUGAUGACCUGUGUGUGUCUGUCUGUCUGUGUGUGUGAGUGUGCUUGUAUCUUUCCAGUUAGUGCCAGACUGUUAGCUAUUAGGCUCAUUGUUAUUUUAGAGACUGUGUGUGUGUGUGUACAUGUAAACAUUCAUCCCCCUCCCCUCUUCAAAUGGCAGGCUUUGAACUUUUCCACGACUGUGUUUUCUCAGGAAGUCUGUUUAAAGUCUUUAUAAUUACAGCCAGUGGCUAGCACCUCACUGAUUGAGCCAGGCAGAGUGGAGCGGAGCAGAGAAGGAGAGGGAUGCAGACAGCAUACCGCUGCUCGUCAUGUUGAAAUUAAUACUGUCAAUAAAACGCUGGUGCCACCGUGUGCAGAGUCCAUCUGUAAUUGGGAGCCUGGUCAAAGAGGUGUAGGCAGCAAAGGCUGCGCUGACAAUGUUUGCUCGGGCUCCUCUCCUCUCUCUUCUGUCAGGAAGAGCGAAGGAGAUGAGCGAAGGAGAUGAGCGAAGGAGACGAGCAGAGCGGCGAGGCUUUUUUCGUCUGCUGUAGAGAAUCUUAAUUAGCUGUGUUUUUGUGUUGGAGGUGAAACCAAGGGGAGAGGAGGAGGCUGAAGGUGCUGUGCUUUACUGUGGGCAUAGCUGACUCCUCCCUCUCUUUCUCUUUCUGAUCCUCCUUCUCUCGCUGUCUCCGCCCCCAAUGUGACAAUCAGUAGACAUUAAAGAAUAGGAUGUGUUAGUGUGAUGCAUUUUAAUUUAAUGUGCUCGUAUUUAAAGCAGGUCUCUAUCCCGAGCAGCUAGUCAAGCUGUCAUGCAUUAUAUGAGGAUAAGGGAACAUGUGAUAUGCAACAGCUAAAUCAGAGUUGAUGACUUCUUCCCUCUCUCUGUCCUUCUGUCUUUGGGAGAGACUGGCAGAGCUGAAACCAUACUGAUGGUAAAUGUUAAAAAUGCCAAUUUUCUCUUAUCCCUCUCCCCUUUCCUCCCCCCAGAUCAGGAAGUCAGCAUCCAGGGGGAAAUGAACAUCCUCUUGAUUAGGGACUGGAGUAUGAAGAUGUGAAGGAGGAGGAGCUAAAUUCUACCUCAACUCUGCUUUCUAACUCAUUCUCUCUCUCUCUCUCUCUCUCUCUCUCUCUCUCUCUCUCUCUCUCUCUCUCUCUCUCUCUCUCUCUCGCUCUCGCUCUCUCUCUCCCCCCCUCUCCCCCAGAUCGGGACUUCUCUAUCCAGGUGAGCACGGAGCGGCGGUCCUUCACGGCGGGCGAGCCGCUGGAGCUGCGCUGCACCAUCGAUGCCCAGAGCGUGCCCGAGCGCUUCUUCUCGGUGUCGUGGGUGUUCAGCAGCUCGUCGGUUGCUGUGAUAGGGCCCAGCGCUGUGCCCGUCCUGGGACCCGACUACGUGGCGCGCGAGGCCGCCGGUCACAUGACUGUGCGCAAGGAGAGCCCUGCCGUGCACCUGCUGAAGUUGCAGCGCCUCCGACCAGAGGAUGCUGGGAAAUACAUCUGUAGAGUCAUGGAGAGGGAGAAGACACCCACCGGGGACUUUAUAGACCGGAGCAAGAGAUCACGCAACGUCCAGAUCACUGUGCAGCCCAUCAGUGAGUAUCAACACGGCACGCUAUUGGCUCCUGUGUUAGUAAAAGGCCACUCAUUGGCCCCUUGGUCAGUUAAACCAGGGAUUCCCAAACUUUUUCACUCGGGGCCCCCCUUCCAGCAUUGGUGAACAUCCCACGCCCACCCUGCGUGCGCGCCAAAUCUAUUUCUAUGGGCACAAGCAGUGUUCAUGUCACAAACUGUUCACACCCCUCUUGUUGGUGGAGAGAAUUUUGCAGGUUUAAAGCUUAUUUCCUGCAAUUCUACACAUUUUGUCAUGGGGUACAAAGAACAUUUUGCAGUUUUAAAACUAAUUGUCUUGCAAUUCUAUACAUUUUACCAUGUCUAAUGUGUAUUCAUGUGAUAUUUUUGUGAUCUAAAAAUUACAACAAUAUCUAUGGGCUAAAAAACGGGAAAAAAAAAUUUGGGCUGACAUGGGCUAGUUGAUCUGGACAUUUCUGACAAGUUAUAAAUAGCUCUCUAAGGUAUGCAAUGACUAACAUGACAAGAGGAACUGAUGAUGCACUACCUCAUUUCGAAUUUACACCUAGCAUUCUACUAUUACAAACGUUCAAGAGUAAGUUUAAAGCUGCGCCCCCGCACCCCCAUGCCGACCAUGGGGGACGCGCCCCACAGUUUGGGAACCACUGAGUUAAACAACAUCUGAUUGGCCCUUUGAUAGUAGUAUGCUUUUCUAAUGAUAUACAUUAUGUAUUCUCCCAGAGCGGAGGUCAGAUACAUCUCUUCCAGAGAACAGUAGAGCCUCUAUUGUGGACCGUGAGUCUCACUGAGAAUAAAGCCGCUCUUUAUUCCACCAUUAUUUUCUAUAGGGCUGGGAAUUGCCUGGGACCUCACGAUAUGAUAUUAUCAUGAUACUUGGGUGCCGAUACGAUAUGUAUUGUGAUUCUCGCGAUUCGAUACUGCGAUAUUAUUGCUAUUAUCACUAUUUAAAAAGAAGAUGGAGAACAAGCUAUAAAAGGAAAAAUACUGGAGUUUGGGUGCAGGUACAGCUGACUAGCGCUAGAUAACACUACCUAGCAAUUCAAAUAUUAUUCGUACUUGGAGUCAAAGUAUAAAUAUAAUAUAGUCCAAAAUAAUCUUGUGAUAUGUAACUGUAUCGACUUUUCCCCCGUCACUCAUUUUCUGUCUGAGUGGAUUGCUAAAUAUUGGUAAUGCAGUAUUAUGGUCCUUCACAUUUCCUCAGCUCAGGGCUGCGUGCGAGUGCUGCUAGCUUGGAUAAUGGAGAGAGCUGGAGAGGAGGAUGCAGGAGGCUGAGCUAACAGCCGUGAAAUGAGAGUGUGAAGAAGGAGAGAGGGAGAGAAUGGGGCCUAGCUCUCCAGGGCCCACUAAUGGAUCCCUGGGCUGAGUGACUAGAGGCAUGCUGGAACACUGGGAGGCGAUAUGAAGCCUAAUCUAGCUAAUACAACCCUUCCAAAACCUUGAGUGCCCAAUGUUCUCAUCCUCUCUCUUUCUCUUUCUAUCCUGAUGUAUCCUCUCUGUCUUCUAGUUUAGUGGCUCCCCUUUGGUCUGCAACUCUAUAGCCCCUCUACAGCACCCUCCUCUCUAUCCCUCACUCUCUCUUUCUAAGGGCUGGUGUUGAAUGCUAAAGUCAGCUGUUACCAGCAUUAAAACACAAUAACAACCCACCCCAUCUCACCCUAAAUAUGCCAUCAUCCACCACCUGCACCCAACCAUCCUGACCUUACCCAAACACCCCCCACUUCACCCCACUCCCGAACAAACUGUCCCAAAACAAAGCCCCCCUGGCCCCCACAUGGCCCCAGUAAUCCCCAGGGAUUCUCCCUAAUGGAACCUUUUGUUUCCCUAACAAAUAGGUUUAAUGUUCUAUAAAAGCAUUUUAUGGAGUUUCUUUUGCAGUUUAAUAACCAUGGUUACAGCAGGGAGGGAGGUCUUAAUGGAGAGUGGAGCAGGUAGAGGGGUAGAAGGGUAAGGGUAUGGGGUCAGGGUGACUCCCCUGUAUGGGAUCAGGGUAACUCCCCCCGUAUGGGGUCAGGGUAACCCCCCCAACCCACCCACCUCUAGUUACCACCCCUUGUAUCUGGACCCAUUAGCAGCGGUGAUGGGGGGAGUAUAGGUUAGAGAAGGUUGAGAGCAGGAGGGUGGGCAGAGGGAAGAGAGAGAUGUAAACAGUGCUGACAAAUCAGUCCUGAUGAAUGAGUUUACCUUGGGCAGGGGGAGGGGUCUUGACGCGCUGCUAUGAAUUACAAACACACAGAGAAAGGGACCGCGGCAGCGAGAGACGGGCAGGAGAGAGAAAGACACACAGAGAGAGAGAAAAGGAAGGGACUGAGAGAGAGAGAGGAGGAAAGAGAAAGAAGGAUAGAAACACACAGAGAAGAGAUGGAGAUAUAAAUAGAGAGAGAACUGAGAGAGGAGAAAGAGAAAAACAGGCAGGUUUGAAGAGGAGAGAAGCUGCCCUCUGCCUGCCUAACCAUGUGUGAUGUUCAUACACAUCUACAUUGACACUAAGAGCUGAGAGACAGAGAGAACGUAUCAUGUAUUUAACACAGGGAAAAGCUGGGGUGAAAUUGAAAGAUGGAGAAAAAGAGACAGGGAUGGAGGCCUUCCAUUUGUUCAUGUAAGUGUGAAAGGCUGCUUCAUUCUGUAUUCACCCAGGGCUGGGGCUUGUUAGGAGGAGUGGUUAGCUCCCAGGAAGGCUGCUUCAUUCUGUAUUCACCCAGGGCUGGGGCUUGUUAGGAGGAGUGGUUAGCUCCCAGGAAGGCUGCUUCAUUCUGUAUUCACCCAGGGCUGGGGCUUGUUAGGAGGAGUGGUUAGCUCCCAGGAAGGCUGCUUCAUUCUGUAUUCACCCAGGGCUGGGGCUUGUUAGGAGGAGUGGUUAGCUCCCAGGAAGGCUGCUUAAUUUUGUAUUCACCCAGGGCUGGGGCUUGUUAGGAGGAGUGGUUAGCUCCCAGGAAGGCUGCUUCAUUCUGUAUUCACCCAGGGCUGGGGCUUGUUAGGAGGAGUGGUUAGCUCCAAGGAUGGCUGCUUCAUUCUGUAUUCACCCAGGGCUGGGGCUUGUUAGGAGGAGUGGUUAGCUCCCAGGAAGGCUGCUUCAUACUGUAUUCACCCAGGGCUGGGGCUUGUUAGGAGGAGUGGUUAGCUCCAAGGAUGGCUGCUUCAUUCUGUAUUCACCCAGGGCUGGGGCUUGUUAGGAGGAGUGGUUAGCUCCCAGGAAGGCUGCUUCAUACUGUAUUCACCCAGGGCUGGGGCUUGUUAGGAGGAGUGGUUAGCUCCAAGGAUGGCUGCUUCAUUCUGUUUUCACCCAGGGCUGGGGCUUGUUAGGAGGAGUGGUUAGCUCCCAGGAAGGCUGCUUCAUUCUGUAUUCACCCAGGACUGGGGCUUGUUAGGAGGGGUGGUUAGCUCCCAGGAAGAAUGCUUCAUUCUGUUUUCACCCAGGUCUGGGGCUUGUUAGUAGGAGUGGUUAGCUCCCAGGAAGGCUGCUUCAUUCUGUAUUCUCCCUGGCCUGGGGCUUGUUAAGAGGGGUGGUUAGCUCCCAGUCAACCCCUCAUACUCUGACGGCAGAGAGAACGAGAUGGAGGGAACAAGGGAGAGAGAGAGAAAGAGAGCGGGAAAUAAAGGGGGUGUUGGGGCCGGGCAGCACUCUGCCAGGCUCUGCAGUGUGUGAAAGGCGCUGAAGUGGUGCGAGAAGGAAAGAGAGGGUCUGUUUUAAAGCACAGGGGAUGGGCAGCUGAAGACUUUUAUCCUUCAGCACUUUCUUCUGAGGAGGAAUUUCUCAGAUGCUGAGCCGUGUGGUUUCAGGCCCAGCUCCUAAGCCUUGGGUGGACCGGGGUAUCGGCUACGUUACAUUAGGUGGCAGAAGUCCACCCCCACGCAUCAGUCCACUGGGGUCUUUGUGUGUCUGACAGUUACUCUCUCUCUUUCUCUCAGGUGCCCCUAGGCCAGAGUCGAGUGAUCAUCUCCACAGACACACAGGCUGCUGUGACAUAAAUACAGUACAUGCAUAGGCUAGUCAGUAGUAUAUUCCAGUCACUGGUAGACACGAUACUGCCCGUGGUUCUUUUUGUCCUAUAUGAAUUUUUCAACAUGUGAAGCCUGGUUCUAGUAUUUGAUUAUUUUAAUUUAAAGCCCUGUCAAAAUGUCAUAUUGGAGAGGUUUUGGUCAAUUUUGACUUAUUUUGUAUUUGUUCUCUCUCACUCCUUCUCCCUCUCCCUCUACCACAUCCCUCCCUCUCUAUACUCUCCCUCUCUGAACUAUCUCUCUCUCCCCACUCCUCUCUCCCUCCACCAGAGAGUAACAUCACAGUGUCUUUGUCCAGUAACUUGUCAGAGGUCCAGGAGGGGGACGUGGUUCAGCUGACCUGCUCCAUCCACUCCACCACGGGUCCUCUCUCUGUGGCCUGGCAGUGGAGUGAGAAGCAGGGCUCCACCCCUCCCCAGGACCUGGUCUCCGUAGACCGCGACGGGACCAUCCGACCAGGCCCUGGGUACCGUGAGCGCUCCAGCUACGGGGAGAUCCGGGUAGAGAGGGUACGAGAGGACAUCUAUACCCUGUCCCUAUACAACGCCCUGCCUGGGGAUGAGGGGCUGUACCGGUGCACGGCCACAGAGUGGGUGGAAGCCGGGACAGAGCCGGAGCAGAGCUGGGAGAAGAUAGGAGAGAAAUCAGCCACCAAGGCCAUCACUGUUAAGACCGUGGGUGAGUGUGUGUAGCAGGGACUCAUGACUCAGGAAGACAUACAUACAUACAUACAUACAUACAUACAUACAUACAUACAUACAUACAUACAUACAUACAUACAUACAUACAUACAUACAUACACACACACGGGACCCUGACACACACACAGAGUAUAUAAAGGGAAAGGGGGAUACCUAGUCAGUUGUACAACUGAAUGGAUUCAACUGAAAUGUGUCUUCCACAUUUAACCCAACCCCUCUGAAUCAGAGAGGUGCAGGGGGCUGGCUUAAUCAACAUCCACGUCAUCGGCGCCCAGGGAACAGGGGGUUAACUGCCUUUCUCGGGCAGAACGACAGAUUUUAACCUUGUCAGCUCACACACACAUACAGUAUACCCACACACACACACAUCAAGGUCAUCUCUGUCACGACAAGUUGUAAACUUAUGCAACAGGAGAACACACACAUGUCUCCCGAGUGGCACAGUGGUCUAAGGCACUGCAUAGCUGUGCCACUAGAGAUCCUGGUUCGAAUCCAGGCUCUGUCGUAGCCGGCCGCAACCGGGAGACCAAUGGGGCGGCGCACAAUUGGCCCAGCGUCGUCCAGGAUAGGGGAGGGAAUGGCCGGCAGGGAGGUAGCUCAGUUGUUAGAGCAUGGCGUUUGCAACGCCAGAGUUGUGGGUUCGAUUCCCACGGGGGGCCAGUAUAAAAAAUAUAUAUAAAAAAAAUGUAUGCACUAACUGUAAGUCGCUCUGGAUAAGAGUGUCUGCUAAAUGACGUAAAUGUAAAAUAUACACACAUCAAGAGCAUCGCUGUGAAGACAUUUCUUGAGCACCAAAAUGCACAUACACACACACACACAUGUCCAGUCCUUCCAUGUGUAGACAGGUGGUAAGCGUGUGCAGGGGGAUGUCAGGAACACAAAGAGAGCAGUCAUUUUCAUACCUGUUGUAAGAGAUUGUGAUGAAUAGCUCACUGAGAGGCUGGUGUGGGCUGGAAAAUAAAGCAUGCUUUAUUCAUGCAGUGCCAAGGGGUAUGUGCCACUACAACACACACACACACACACACACCAUUCUGACUUCAGAUGUAGUUUUUAUAUUUCAUGAUAUUAUAGACACAACACACACAAUCUUGACUUGAGACAAACACUCACACUACUUGCGUACACGCAGAUUAUCUAGAAUUAUUAAAAUGGAAAUGUGUUUAGCAGUGGGCAGGCUUUCCUCUGUCAGUGAGUUAAGCUGAACAUCCCUGGUACAGGCUGACUGAGAGAGGCACUGGUGCGGCGCACUGACUGAGGCGUUGGGGAACCAAGGGCUCAGUGCACAGUCGCGCGCACACACACCACACACACACACAUACACACACACACACACACACACACACACACACACACACACACACACACACACACACACACACACACACACACACACACACACACACAGCAAGAGAAGGGAUUAGUCCCUGCAGCAGAAUAUCGUGGUGCUGUGGAGGGAGAGAAAAUAUGUCAGCUUUUUAAUUGGACAUUUGUUGUGUUUUAGCAACAACUGAUCAAUUACAGGUAACUGCCAAAAUAAAGGAAACACCAACAUAAAGUGUCUAAAUAGGGCAUUGGGCCACCACUAGCCGCCAGAACAGCUUCAAUGUGCCUUGUCAUAGAUUCUACAAGUGUCUGGAACUCUAUUGGACGGAUGCAACACCAUUCUUCCACAAUAAAUUCCAUAAUUUGGUGUUUUGUUGAUGGUGGUGGAAAACACCAUAUCAGGUGCCGCUCCAGAAUCUCCCAUAAGUGUUCAGUUGGGUUGAGAUCUGGUGACUGAGACACACACACCCUAUGCUCCUUUGAGACCCUUCUUUUAAAGUCACAUAUCUCUUCUUCUAUAGCCGUGGUAACCAAAUUAAUGGGCAACUGGGCAUUUUUAUACAUGACCCUAAGCAUGAUGGGAUGUUAAUUACUUAAUAUGCUCAAGAACCACACGUGUGGAAGCACCUGCUUUCAAUAUACUUUGUAUCCCUCAUUUACUCAAGUGUUUCCAUUAUUUUGGCAGUUACCUGUAUGUAGAUUAUGUAGAUGCUUGUUUUUUUAUUGUUCUUACACGUUUUUAUUUUAUUUGUGUGUACAGUAUGUGUGUCAGUUUCCCUGUGUGUGUCUGUAUCAUGUGUUUGUGCGCGCGUGCUUGUGUCUUCAAGAUGUGUAGCAUCUGCUUGCCUCAGUCUCUACUGAAGUCUCCUCUGUAGAGCAGUGACAGUCGGCCAAGGUAUAAAUAGGCCCGCACUCUUUUCCUCUGUUCCUCCUCUCCUCUAUUCUCUCUCUUCUCCUUUAAUCUGUUCCUCCUUCUGUUCUUCCAUUCCCCUUUUUCACAAUGCGUCUUUUUCCAAGUUGGCUGUCUGUCCUGUGGGGAUUAGUGUCCUCAGGGGUUUGACAGAGAGGUGAUGCGUUGCCAUGGUGAAGGUGUUCAUUUGGUAGUCAGGGGAUCCUGGUAGCUGAUUGGCUGAAGAGCCCCCAGGAGUGAUUUGGUUGGCAGGUCUGUGAUGAUGACAAGCCCAGGCUCUUAGACCUAACACAUACACACACAUUAGCAAACACACACGCAUGCGCACAUGCACACAUAUGAUAGGCAUAUACUUACAGUCGACUCACGGCGAUGUAUACAUAGGAAAGGGCAUAUUAAGGUAAUAUAAUAGGAAAGGAAUGAUCAGUUUGAACUUGUCUCUCCCGUCACAGAGGCAGACAGACCGACAGUGAGGGAUGGAAGAAGACAGAGAGAGGGAGGGAAGGGCUGAAUGAGAGAUGGAGGGAGAGCGAGAGGAGAGUUAUUGUCUAAUGUAGAAUUAUGGGCUGCGGCUGCUGUCCCAGCAGUAGCCAACAGUCUGGACAUAAAACCAUUGAUUACACACCCUGAAGGACACUAUGGACAACUCACUGCCAGGGGAGAGGGAUGAGGAGAGGAGGGAGGGAGCAAGGGAGGAGGGAGAGAUGACAAGUGAAUAAUGGAGAAAUCUGCACAAUCUGAGUUCAUCACAAAAGAGGUCUUUCUCUCACGCUCACCGCUUCUCUCUCAAUUCAAUUCAAUGUCAAUUUAAGGGGCUUUAUUGGCAUGGGAAACAUAUGUUUACAUUGCCAAAGCAAGUGAAAUAGAUAAUAAAAAAAAGUGAAAUAACAAAAAAAAAUUAACAGUAAACAUUACACUCACACUGUCUCUCUCUCUCUGAAAUACAUGUAUGUGAGGGCAGUAAGAUACUGAAAUGGGUUGAUAUCAGUAAGAAUUGCAGACUAAAAUGGAGGAUAUUACAGAGGGAUAUCUGAUAGAACUGUGGAGUGAAGUAUACUGUACCAGGGAAUCUCUCCCUCCUCCUCUUUCUCAACUCUCUAAGUGGUGUAGUGUAGGUCUAUGUUGGCCCUAUUAUCUGGACCAGGGUGACUGUUGUUAUCUUAAUGAGGAAGGUUUGGAUUGGCUAGAGAAAGAAGCAGAUCGAACAUCAGCUCUUAGAGCAAAUCUCUCCCUGGAGCCUUCUCUGGUGGUGCAUCACCAUUAGUUUUGAGCUCUGCUCUGACACACAGUUACAAACACACUCAAACGCAUACACACACACUGCAAUGAGACACACAUACAUUCACUCUCUCUCACACACACACUGUCUGUGGCCGCCGGGUAGUCAUGAUAAAUCGAUCUGUGCUCCGUUAGCCCAGUGCACCCUGGGUAAAUGUUGUGGGUGCUAAUCUCAGCAGGAGAGUCCUCCCCCAUCCAACCACCUGUGACCUUUAACCCUAUUAGUGUUACACGGUAUACUGACACUUCACUACUUUUUCGAUACUAGAACAUGUUCCUGCUCCAGCUCCACUUACUCAUGGCUAGCUCUAGCCUGUCCUGAGGAACCACUGCACUCACUGGGAGUCUGGGCUGCAUCACCACUUCUGCUGCACAGAAGUUAGCAAGAUGAUCUUUGCUCGAGUCUCGAACUGACUGUGUGUGUGAAUGAUGUCAUGGGGCUUAAAGAGACUGCGCACACUGUUAUAAAAUAAGAGAUUGCGAUCUACUAUGCAAAUGUUGUUGAUCAGUACAAUAAAAUAAGUCCCAAAUGGAAGGGAAACAGAUUGUUUUUCAUGCAAGCAGUGUGUCCUAUUGAAUAUGCAUUCACCUGUAUUGUGAAUAGGCCUAGGCUACAUGUUGAUUUACCCAGUUUAUCAAUAGGUUAGAGAUUUACCAUUCAAAUAAAUUAUUACCCAUCUUACUAUAUAACAACAAUGGUAAACAACUAAGUCAAAUUGAUUACAUAAUUGAUUCAUUAAUGCAUACAUUCAUCAACAACAAAACAGUUCAAAUGUAAUGAUAUUGAACUCAAAACUUCUGUCUGGAUCAAGUGCCAUUCUGUGACUUCAUGAUACUAAACCUGGUAUCGUUAUCGAAGUCGAAAUUCUGGUAUCGUGACAACACUAAACCUUAUACAUUACAUAAUCUACAGACACACAGUAUACAACCUCUCUAUACGGUUCUGUUUCAGAGGACAGUGAAUGGAUUCUAACGGCUAACUUGUUGAUCAAAGGCAAGUUAUUCAACUCUCACUGAAUGCCACUUGGUCUUGCAAUCCCUACUCCUUCCCUCCCCCUUUGUCUGUGUAUUACAGCAGAGGGUUGGUCCCAUCACAGUCCGUCACCACCAUGGCCUCUGUCAUGCUGCCUGGCCUGCCACACUGCUUACCUCUCCAAUCCUUUCACAUACUACAUCAAGUGCCUAAGGAAUAGCAGCUAGGAAAUAGGAGUAAGGGAAUAGGAGUUAGGGAAUAGGAGUUAGGGAAUAGGAGUUAGGGUAUAGGAACGAGGGUAUAGGAGCUAGGGAAUAGGAGAGGGAAUAGGAGUUAGGGUAUAGGAGCUAGGGAAUAGGAGUUAGGGAAUAGGAACUAGUAAUCCAAUUUAGGGAAUAGGAACUAGGGGUCGGUUUGGAAUUUAGCCUUACUCUCCAACAUUAACACAUAAUUUCCUCUCUUCCUGUUUUCCCAGAAUCCUCCUUCGUGGUGUCGGCGUCGUCGCGGACGCCUAGCGUGACCUUUGGUGACUCGUUUGAUCUCCAGUGCCUGGUCAAGCCCCGCCAUAACCCUCGUGUGCCCGCCUCCGUCACCUGGCGCUUCAUGCCCACCGGCUCAGGCUCUGCCGGGGAGGGUGGUGAGGGUGGCACGGCGGGCGAGUUCCGAGACCUGGUGACGUUUACCCGUGAGGGCACGCUGCAGUGGGGCGAGCAACUGCUGGGCCAGGGUACCCGCACCACCGUGGACCGUUCCCAUGCCAACACCAACUUCAGGUUGUCUGUGACGCGUGCCGGGCGUAGGGAGGCGGGGACAUAUCAGUGUUCUGCCCUCCUUUGGAGGAGGAACUACGACAACACCUGGAGCAAAGUGGCCAACAGGACAUCUAACCUGCUAGGGAUCAGCGUGUUACAGCCA